UCGGCCAUUAUUGGCAUUUGCCAUAAAACAUUUUUUCAUUUCAGCGUUUUUAUAUUUUUGUGCGUUCGUUUUGUUGAUUUAUUCUCGCAAGUGCAGCCACGUAUUCAUUGUCGCCGAUUCGUUAUAAUAUGAGUAAUGUACCCAAUCAAAAUGGAUCAGGUCUAGAGCAGCAGUUUGCUGGUCUGGACUUGCAGGGCAAUUCACAGCCCAGUUCAGCCCCGAGCAAGUACGUUCCGCCUCAUUUGAGAAAUAGACCUAAUAAUUCCGAAUCAAUUGAACCAGAAAUCUCAGAUAACGAAAGAAAUUUUAACGGACCUCGUCAAUCAUCUGAUGGCAUAAUUUUUUCAGGAAACGAUCGUCGUGGUGGUGGUCGUAGAGAUGAUUUGGAAGAUCGUUCCUACAAUGGAUCUGCGAGUUCCGGUUAUGGUGGCGGUCGAGGCGGAGGUGGUUAUCGAGGCAAUUACCGCAAUGAUAGAGAAGGCGGCGAUUGGUCGCGUUUCAAUCAAGGAGGCGGUGGUGGUAGGUGGCAAGAAGGUGGUGGAAGAGAUGGGAGAAGAUCUGGAGAGAAUAGAAGAGGUGGCCGUUGGGAUGAAUCAAGUGCUCCUAAUCAAGAUUGGACAAAACCACUCCCUCCUGAUGAGCGAUUGGAAGAAGAACUUUUUGGAAAUCGUAGCACAGGCAUUAACUUUAAUAAAUAUGAAGACAUUCCAGUUGAAGCAACUGGUGAUGAUGUACCCCCUCACAUUAAUACUUUUGACGACAUUAAGCUGACAGAUAUUAUACGCAUGAAUAUUUCUUUGACACGUUAUGAUACUCCUACUCCAGUACAAAAGUACGCUAUACCAAUUAUUAUUGGUCGUCGUGAUGUUAUGGCCUGUGCCCAAACUGGUUCAGGUAAAACAGCUGCAUUCCUGGUUCCAAUACUUAAUCAAAUAUAUGAAAAAGGACCAUCUGCAUAUAAUAUGGGUCCUAAGCUUCAGUCAAGACGUAAAUAUCCUCUUGGUUUAAUUUUAGCUCCUACUCGAGAAUUAGCUACCCAAAUAUAUGAUGAAGCAAAGAAAUUUGCAUAUCGUUCUAGAGUACGUCCUUGUGUUGUAUAUGGUGGUUCCCAUGUAAUGGACCAAAUUCGUGAUCUUGAACAAGGAUGCCAUUUAUUAGUGGCUACUCCAGGUCGUUUGGUAGAUAUGUUGGAGAGAGGAAAAAUUGGGUUGGACUUCUGUCGAUACUUAGUUUUGGAUGAAGCUGAUAGAAUGUUAGAUAUGGGUUUUGAAACACAAAUUAGACGUAUUGUAGAGAAGGACUCUAUGCCUCCUCCAGGUGACAGACAAACUCUUAUGUUCUCGGCAACAUUCCCUAAAGAAAUCCAAAUGUUAGCCAGAGAUUUUCUUGACAACUAUAUUUUCUUAGCUAUUGGUAGAGUUGGUUCGACAUCUGAAAAUAUUACCCAAAAAAUUGUUUGGGUUGAAGACAGAAACAAGAGAUCCUACCUGUUAGAUUUAUUAAACGCUACUCCAAUCAGAUCACAACCAGCUGAGUCUUUGAUAUUGGUAUUUGUUGAGACUAAAAAAGGCGCAGAUUCAUUGGAAGAAUUUUUGUAUUCCAGCGGUUAUCCAGUUACCUCAAUUCAUGGAGACCGAACACAACGAGAACGUGAAGAUGCUUUAAAAAGUUUCCGAUCAGGAAACACACCAAUUUUAGUUGCAACUGCAGUUGCAGCUAGAGGUUUGGAUAUUCCUCAUGUGACACAUGUGAUUAAUUAUGAUUUACCAUCAGAUGUUGAAGAAUAUGUUCAUCGUAUUGGUCGUACUGGUCGUAUGGGCAAUUUAGGUUUGGCUACCUCAUUUUUCAAUGACAAAAAUCGCAAUUUAACUAGAGACCUCAUGGAAUUGAUUACCGAAUCAAAACAAGAAUUACCAACAUGGUUAGAAAGUAUGGCUAGUGACUUUAGGAUUGGCAGUGGAAGAAGAAGUAAUGGAUCAAAGGGUGGUCGUUUUGGUGGCGCCGGUUUUGGUUCUCGAGAUUAUCGUACUCAGAGUAGUAUGCCACCAUCACGUGCUGGUUCAGGACCUCCACGCAGAGAUUAUGGAGGUGGCAGUAACAAUGGCGGUGGAUUUUAUGGUGGUGGAAAUUAUGGAGGAUCAUAUUCUGGUGGUAAUACUGCUUCCAAUGGUAAUUCCAAAUCUCCUGAUUGGUGGUCUCAGUCCUAAAUGUGCAAAAACUAAAAGUUAAAAUCAACUGAAAAUAAAGAAAAAUUAUAU